UGUCAGCUCGUGCACACUGCUUUGCAUGGCUGUGCACAGCACAGCCAUACAAAGCAGUGUGCCUACAGUGAAGCACAAACACACCCAGCACACAGUUAACCCUUUGAUCACCCCUCAUGUUAACCCCGUCCUGCCCAGUGGCAUUAGUACAGUGUCAGUGUUUUUUUUUUAGCACUGAUCACUGUAUUGGUAUCACUGGUGAUGUCAGGGACACCAAGUCAGUUCCCCCCAGUGUCAGAAUGCCCACCACAGUCCCACUAAAAAUCGCUGAUUGCCACCGUUACUAGUAAAAAAAAAAAACAAAUUCCAGUAUAUAUACACUGCCAUUCGUACACGCUAUAAACUUUCACAUAAACCAAUUAAUUUA